CACACCCAGUGAGAUGGGACUCUUUGGCAGGACAAUGACCUUGAUGUGAUGUUUCAGCCUUUCAGAGUCAGACGAUCAGAGGGGCUGUUCAGAUGCCUGCAGUGGUCAGGGGUCAUCACAGCUGUCCACUAUAAAAGGGGCCCGUCUGCAGCUCUGUCUGCACACAGCAUCACUUCAGGCAGUCAGAGGAAGGAAGAAGGUCUUCAUUUCGCUCCCGGCAUAAUCCCUGUAGUUUGAGGUAAAGUUGAGAUGGAAGCUCCACAGUUGGCAGUGUUGUUCCAGCUCCUCCUCUGCUCUUUGGGAUACAUCUCCUCUGCUCGGGGUCAGAAGAACAACGCAGGACCCAGGACCAAUACACAGCUCAGAAAUGUGUCAUUUAGUCAUCCUGUUGGAUACCCUCCAUAUAUGAUGCAGCUGUACCACUCCUUCAGGUCCAAAGAGUCCUCAUCAACAGCAGCUGUCAACCCUUUUAUGACACUAGGUAUCAAACCAUCAGUGCACAAUUCUGAUAUGGUUUUAAGUCUGACGGCACGAGGUUGUCAUCAAGUGGCUGAAAGAUGGAUGGUUACAUUUGACAUGUCGUCCAUCUAUACUAGCGACAUCAUCCAGCUGGCUGAACUAAGAAUCAGGCUUCCAGCGUUCUCCACCUCUAAACAGGCUAAUGUGGAUUUAUAUCACACCCGUAAGCAGAGCUGUGAUGUGGACAUGUGUCCGGAUGAGCACCUCUUCUUGGGGAGCUUUAACACAUCACAGAGCAACACAAAGUCAUCUUGGAAGGUUUUUGACGUGACUGCCGUCUUAAAAUACUGGCUUAACCAGGGAGCUGGAGCCCCGAGCCAGGAGACCUCAGGAGAGCUUGCAGUAGAUGGAGACCAUGGGAGCGGUACAUUGGAAGAAGGAGGGAUAUUAACUAAGUCCCAAUUUCAGAAUUUGGUAAGGAAGCAAAGAAAAACACAUUAUCCAACCACCAACCGGGUCAUGAUGGUCAUCUUCAUCAAACACAACCUGCCCCAGAAUGUCUACAGCCUCAUUCAGACUGUGGAAAACUCCAAGUAUGUCACCACAGACAGAGUCGGCAGUGACGGUAAAAGUAGACGCCACAAGCGAAACCGGAUGGAGAGGAUGCGAGUGGCUGGUGCUGCUGCAGUCACCAGGGCACCGGAAGAAGCCAAGCAGCCGCCGCUUUGUCGUAAGGUAGAUAUGUGGGUGGACUUUGACCACAUCGGCUGGGAUGAGUGGAUUGUGCACCCUAAACGCUACAAUGCAUACCGCUGUGAGGGCGAGUGUCCAAUGCCGCUGGAUGAGUCCUUCAGUCCCACCAAUCAUGCUUACAUGCAGAGCCUCUUGCGACAUCACCACCCUGGAAGAGUGACUUGUCCGUCCUGUGUGCCGACACGCCUCAGCCCGCUUUCUAUGUUGUACUAUGAGAAUGAGGAUUUGACCCUGAGGCACCAUGAGGAUAUGAUCGUUGAAGAGUGCGGCUGUCAUUGACCACUCACAACUCAGCU